CCUGCGCAAAAGCUGGGCACAAACCCUCUGAGUGGAAAGAGGGCUUCCUCUGCGCAUGCGUACAGGGAGGAACUACAAAGGGAAGCGCCUUCGGAAAACGGAGAGGGUGUCUUCUGCGCCUGCGCAGAGGCUGGACACAAACCCUCUGAGAGGAAAGAGGGCUUCCUCUACGCAUGCGUAAAGGACGGAAAUACAAAGGGAAGCGCUUUCGGAAGACGGAGAGGGUGUGUUCUGCGCAGAAGCGGCGAAGGGGAGGCGGAGAGGGCGUCUUCUGCGCCUGCGCAGAGUCUGGGCACAAAGCGGGAGAAGGAAAGGGCCUUUGAGAGGAAAGAGGGCUUCUUCGGCGCAUGCGUAGAGCCGACGGAGGAGGAGAGGGCGCCUUCUGCGCCUGCGCAGAGGCCGGGACGCUCAGGAGCGGAUGUCCUCUGACACAAUCCGGAAGUGGCCGCUCUCGCUUCCUGUCCCUCGACUCUCCUAUGCCCCUUCUUCCUUCCGCUUUCCAAAAUGGCGCCGCUGGACUUGGAUAAGUAUGUGGAGAUCGCGCGGCUCUGCAAAUACCUGCCCGAGAACGACCUCAAGCGCUUAUGUGACUACGUGUGUGACCUGCUCUUAGAAGAAUCAAAUGUGCAGCCGGUUUCUACCCCAGUUACAGUCUGUGGCGACAUCCAUGGACAGUUUUAUGAUUUAUGUGAAUUGUUCAGAACUGGAGGCCAAGUUCCCGACACAAACUACAUAUUUAUGGGAGAUUUUGUAGACAGGGGCUAUUACAGCCUUGAGACGUUUACUUACCUUCUGGCCCUGAAAGCGAAAUGGCCCGAUCGCAUCACACUCCUUCGGGGAAAUCACGAAAGUAGGCAGAUAACACAAGUGUAUGGAUUUUAUGAUGAGUGCCAAACCAAAUAUGGCAACGCUAACGCUUGGCGGUAUUGCACCAAAGUGUUUGACAUGCUCACAGUAGCAGCAUUAAUAGAUGAGCAGAUUCUUUGUGUCCACGGUGGCCUGUCUCCAGAUAUCAAAACACUUGAUCAGAUCCGAACUAUUGAACGCAAUCAGGAAAUACCGCAUAAAGGAGCUUUCUGUGACCUGGUUUGGUCGGACCCAGAAGACGUCGACACGUGGGCCAUUAGUCCCCGAGGGGCCGGCUGGCUGUUUGGGGCCAAAGUCACCAACGAGUUUGUGCACAUCAACAACCUAAAGCUCAUCUGCCGGGCCCACCAGCUGGUCCACGAAGGCUACAAGUUCAUGUUCGACGAGAAGCUGGUGACGGUGUGGUCGGCCCCCAACUACUGCUACCGCUGCGGCAACAUCGCCUCCAUCAUGGUCUUCAAGGACGUCAACACGCGAGAGCCCAAGCUCUUCCGCGCCGUCCCCGACUCCGAGCGCGUCAUCCCCCCGAGGACCACUACGCCGUAUUUCCUCUGAGACCCUUCCCCCAUAUUUCCCUUCUUCUCUUUCUGUGUGACAUACUUUUUAUUGAGCACUUUGCUGCUGAAAUGCUGCCUCUUGCCUUGUUCUUUUUUAUUUUUAAAUUAUAUCUAAAUGUGUUGUACAUUGUCGUCAGUGACGCGUCUCUUUUCGACCUCCCUCUGCGCAGAAUAACAAAAAGCUAUUUCCCUUUCCAAGAGUGCUCAGAGCACUUCGCUGUUUUAUAAUGCUUCUCGAUUUCUCUCCAUUUUGUUCUGUUUUGAUUUCCCUCCCUUUUCCAAUAAAAUACAAACCGAGCCAGAACUAGUCCGAUCUCCUUAUUCCACACGGAUAUUUAUCUUGAGGAUAGAGUUUUAAAGAAAUUUCAGCAGCAAAGUGGUAUUUAUGUGUGGCAAUGGGACUUUCUAAGUCCAGCUAGAUAUAUACGAGGGAACGGUCAUGCUUUAUAUUUUGCUUUGAGCAGAUAGAAAUAAGUGGGCUUGAAAAAAGGAUGUCGCUUAUUUCGUUUUUCCUGUCCCUCGAAGACUUGUUUUUUUUAUGUUUUAGGGUUCCAAGAAAAAGCAAAACACGCUACAGGUAUUUGGAUUUGUACAUUAAAAUAAUUGCUCUGAUUUUUCUCUCAGAUACCUUGUAUUUUUAAUAAAGUCGUAUCCAGAAACUCGUGCCUCUGGGUUAAAACGUUGGAAAUAAAAACAUAUGUUGUUGA